CAUCCAUUUUCCUGCUUGAGGGCGGAGUUUGUCCGUUGGGCAAUAUUUGGAAAAAGUAACAGUCAGACGCUAAUCACCGCGGGGGAAAAAAUGGGAAACCGAGAUGAUGAAUACGAUUAUUUAUUCAAAGUCGUGCUGAUCGGAGACUCCGGAGUGGGCAAGAGCAACCUGCUGUCACGCUUCACCAGAAACGAAUUCAACCUGGAGAGCAAGAGUACCAUCGGGGUAGAGUUCGCCACCCGCAGCCUGCAGGUGGACGGCAAGACCAUCAAGGCUCAGAUUUGGGACACGGCCGGACAGGAACGCUACCGAGCCAUCACCUCGGCGUACUACCGCGGCGCGGUGGGCGCUCUGCUGGUGUACGACAUCGCCAAGCACCUGACGUAUGAGAACGUGGAGCGCUGGCUGAAGGAGCUGAGGGACCACGCCGACAACAACAUCGUCAUCAUGCUGGUGGGGAACAAGAGCGACCUGCGACACCUCAGGGCCGUGCCCACCGACGAGGCGCGGGCCUUUGCUGAAAAAAACACGCUGUCAUUCAUCGAGACUUCUGCCUUGGACUCCACAAAUGUGGAAGAAGCCUUCAAGAACAUCCUCACAGAAAUUUACCGCAUCGUGUCCCAGAAGCAAAUAUCGGACAGAUCAGCGCACGACGACUCCCCUGGCAACAACGUGGUAGACAUCAGCGUGCCACCCACCACCGACGGACAGAGGGGCAACAAAAUGGCAUGCUGCCAGAGCUUGUGAACUUUUUUUUUUGUUUGUUUGUUUGUUUGUUUGGGUUGAAAUCCCUUCCUCCUUCCUCCUCACUUUGACUUCAAUCCCAUUCCCAUUGACCCAGUCGCAUCAAGAGCGACGGCGAGGGGGUGUGAAGCGUUUCUCACUAUCCCAGACAUUGAAAGUGUGGAUUUCGACUCCCACCCGUCUCGGAGCAGACAUGAUGCCCGAAAGCAGAGCGGCCGUGACUGUCUUGACUCCAUUUUGUUUUGUUUUGUUUUUUUAACAUGCACACACCAAAGCAAGAUAACAUGCAAUCAUGAACAGUUGCAUUUCAAGAUUCUAUAAAUCAAAUUAAUGUUGCAAAAAGCUUCCAAUCAACCAGCUGGCACACUUUUACAUGUCCAAUCAUUUCAGUGUUUGUUUUUUUUUUGUUUUUUACAUUGCCGACAUCCGGUAACAUUUCAAAGCUAAAAUGAAUCACACCAGAGUCUUGACACACAUCCAGUAAGUGUUUUACCAAUGCAGGGAAGGAUGUGCAUGACUUGUGUGUGUCAGAUAUUUCUUGUGGAAAUUGCUGAUGCGUCAAUAAAGCCAACGACAAAUGUA